UCCUUCCUGCCUGCUUCGCCUGCACGUUUCGCGAUAUGGGUUGGAGCCUCCGGUCCGCCAGCACCACCUGAGGAUCCCGGAAGCCGCCCCCGCGAUGGAAGAGGACCAGGAGCUGGAGAGGAAAGCAAUCGAAGAAUUGCUAAAAGAGGCAAAACGUGGGAAAACGAGAGCGGAAACAAUGGGACCUAUGGGUUGGAUGAAGUGUCCCCUCGCCGGGACAAAUAAAAGAUUUCUGAUUAACACCAUUAAGAACACGCUGCCCUCCCACAAAGAGCAAGACCCUGAGCAGAAGGAGGCCAGCAAAGAACCUGCGAAAAGCCAGAGCCAGAAAGAAGAAAACCGCAAGAAGCACCGAGGCCACCCCUACACGCCCACCCUCCAGGGCCGGGGCGCGCGCGGCCACUCGCCGCCCCCGAAGCGCGGCGGCCACGACAAGUACGAGAAGCGGCCCCACCGGCGAUGAGGGGGCGCCCCGGGGACGCCGCCCGGGGCGGGGGGUGCGGGGGCGCGGACGCGGGGUGCGGAGCACACGCCUGGGGGGUCAGAGCCGCCCGUCUGGUGCGGGCACAGGGCUGUCGGGACACGGGACGCGUCCAGGGUGUCUCGGCCGCUUCGGCGGCGCCCUGCACACGUGUGUGGUUUCUCUUCUCUCUCGUUUGCAAGUUGGUUUCAAAAUAAACCUAAAACUUAAAAGUUUUCCAAGGUUGUUACGACUCGUUCCAGUUUUGGGGGUUUUUUUUCCCUCAUGUGGUACAAUUGUGGUCAUUUCUCAAGGUUUCUCAAAAAACAAGACACUUGUCAAUCCUGUGCUUUAUCGUUUUGGAGGAUGAGUUUCAAAGUCCGAAACGAUCUGGCCCGUAACCUACUUAAGAGAACGUGUCGCCCUCCAACGGGCUAGAAAUUUACCAAGAAGAAAUUCACCAGGAAACUCCUUGCUGGUUUUGUUUUCCUGUGAGCAAGCAGGGUAGGAAAUUCCCCAAACGGCCUUGAAUUUGGUGUUCCGUGGCGGUAACCAGAGGAUACUGGCUCUGUCGUUUCCUCGUGCAUUCUCACACUCGUUCCUGAGAUGAACAGCUUUUCUACAUUUAAAUUUGGGGGGCAAUAUGUAAGUUUUAAGUGGUGCUUUAAAAAGAACCCUCCAAAGUUAAAAUUAACAAAUUAUUUCAGUGCUAUGUCUUCCUGAGCAAAAGACCUCUAAUACCACUCUUAGUAUAGUUGUUUCAGAAAUCUUAAUUUUAAAUAAAAGUGUAUUUACAACGCC